CGGAAAUUCCUACUACAUAACAAAAUAAAUGCUCGUGUUUGUAAACAGGUUUGUAAAGAUCAGUCUAAUCGUCUUAUCCGUUCAGUUGCCAGUCCUUUACCGUCGAAAACUGCACGUUACUGCCUUCAAGUGUGUGUUUCCAGACCCAAUACAUCGACAAUUUCAAAGAAUAAAUCGCCAUAAUUAAGCGCGACGAUGUUAAAACUGAUCUCAAUCAUCGUCUUCGUGCACCACGUCCGCAGCCAGAACCCCUCACCCUGUCCCGAGAUCUUCUCCUACGAGCCCCGCGGCCAGGAGGAGGACCGAUGGUACGGCGUCGUUUCCCUGCAAACCGCCGAAGACCUCGACGGCGUUUGGCUCAAAAUCACCCUCGACAGGCCCGCCGAACUCCUAGGGAACUGGUUCGGCGAAGCGCAUUCGAGCGAUAACCAGGAGUUUACGAUACGAAACCCUAGAUAUAAGCUGGAGGCUGGGCCCCCUGUCUCUGUUCGUUUCUUUGUCAAGUAUAAUGCCGCUUCGACGAUUCCUAGUCUCAAAGUGAUUAAAUUGAACGGGAAAACGAUUUGUACGAGUAGUAGAGACGAUAUAGUUUCGACCACACCGCAGUUACAUAUCAGUCAAAUUAGACCGGUGACUAGUAGACCGAAUAGACCGAAUAAUAGACCGGCGAGUAGUGAGGAAGGCGCCUACUUGAACACGAAACCGAGCAGCAGUUCGGGAAAUAGGGGGUCGGCGCAAGGAAAUCAUGGGGGCUCUUCACAAGAAAGGCCAAGCAGUCAUGGGGGCUCCUCACAAGAAAGGCCAGACAGUUACGACAACCACCAGACCAAUAAUUACAAUUCGCAAAGCACGACCAGCAGCUACAACACCAACAACAACAAUAACAACUAUAGCAACAACAGACGACCCGGAAGCCAGUCGAACUCAAUCAGCAACAAUCACCGCGAACACGAAUCGUCGACUAACUCAGGUAGGAAUUCCAACGGCUUAUCAGCCGGCGAGGAAACGACCCACUCUGACUUCUUCCCAGGUGACUUUGCCGUGCACCGCCCCAGUCAAGCGCGCCCCCCGUCCAAGCCCUCAACCCUAAGCAAACGAAACGUAGGAUGUGGAACAGUGGCCAUGAAGGCAAGCCCUCUGAUUUCAUACGGCCAGAACACAACCCAAGGUCAGUGGCCCUGGCACGUCGCCCUGUACCACAUCCAGGGGGCCCAACUCUUAUACACCUGCGGGGGCACCCUGAUCUCCGAAAACCACGUCCUCACAGCCGCCCACUGCGUGGCCAAGCCCCAAACCAACCGACCUAUCGAUACCAAAGACCUUUCAGUCUACUUAGGGAAAUAUCACCUGAAAAAAUUCGGCGACGGGACGCAAGACCGAGACGUGACUGACAUUUUCAUACAUCCGCAGUACAAUUACAGCGUCUAUUUUAACGAUAUUGCAGUAUUGAAGCUCAAAACACCGGCUGAUUUGAACAAUUAUGUAAGGCCUUGCUGCUUGUGGGAAGAUGGCACUGACAUUGAAUACGUCCUCAACAAGUUAGGGACGGUGGUCGGUUGGGGCUUCGACGAGAAGCGCCAGAUCUCGGACACGCUGAUGCAGGCGCAGAUGCCGGUGGUUUCCACCGUCAAUUGCAUUUACUCCAACCGCGAGUUUUUCUCGCAGUUUACGUUCGAAAAAACGUACUGUGCCGGUUUCCGUAACGGUACAACUGUCUGCAACGGCGACUCCGGGGGCGGUAUGGUGUUCCCCAAGGCGGGGACAAGUGGCCACAACACCGUCUGGCAAAUCCGGGGCAUUGUCUCGGUUGGGGUGGCCCUCCAAGGACAGGGGGUUUGCGACCCGCGGCAUUAUAUCGUGUUUACGGACGUUGCCAAACAUUUAGACUGGAUUAAGCAAGUUAUGAGGGAAUAUGUUGGCUAUCGUCCAGAAAGUAAGUUUUUUCAAUCAGCAAAACGCCUUGAUAUUUACCAAACGAGUUAUUUUCGAAAAAACACUGCACCAAGUCAGGCAAAAAACGAAUCCGCCAACGUUACCAUGAAGUGUAUCGUCUUGUUGCUGCUCCUGGCCCAAGCUAAAACCCAGCUUAUCUCCCCCUGCCCCCGACUGUUCCAAUACGAGCCCCAGGGAUCAGAAAACGACCGAUGGUACGCCACUGUCACACUCAUAAGCGAUGCGGAAUUAUCAGGGGUUUGGUUGCGCUUAAUUUUCGACAAACCCUCAAUUCAACUCGGAAACUGGUUCGGCGAAGUUGUGACAACAGACAACAAGGAAUAUUUAAUCAAAAAUCGCAACCACAAACUGGCCGCCAACACACCGUACAAACUCCGAUUUUACCUCAAAUACAACCCGGGGGAAAAACCGCCACAGUUGGUCAUGUUUCGGCUAAAUGCGCGGUUGGCGUGUCCCGAAAAUGGGGUCACCACCGAAGCCCCCGUCACGACGGGACAACUCAUUACAAGUAGUUUGCUUUCAACGACACGUAACCCGUUGGCGAAUAGUAACAGUAACAAUAAUAAUAACAACAAUCAAGGGACUACUUUCGUCAAACCAGGAGGGGCUUUUAACCAACAAACGACAAAUUCGGGCGAUGAUGACGAUUUUUUCCACGGGGAUUUUGCCAUUUUUCAUCGCCCGAAACCCUCACUGGACGCGGGGGCUGCUUGUGGCACCGUUGUUAUGCCCCCACGUCCGCUCAUAACCCACGGACAGGCCACCCACGAGGGCGAGUUCCCCUGGCACGCAGCCCUCUACCACGCCACUGGCAUCGACCUGACCUACAUCUGUGGGGCCUCCCUUAUCACCCGUUAUCACCUCUUAACCGUAGCCCACUGUGUCACUAAACCCAAAUCUCAGGAAAAACUCGAUCCUGGCAGUUUGGUAGUUUAUUUAGGGAAAUACUACUUGAAAAGAUGGUCAAAUCCAGGGAUUCAAGACAAACACGUCGACAAAAUCACAGUCCAUCCCGAUUACAAAUCGCAAGUUUUCACAAACGAUAUUGCAAUCCUUCGGAUGGCUUCGCCUGUAGAACUCACUAAUUAUGUCCGACCGGUGUGUCUUUGGGACGAAAAUACGCAAUUGCAGGCUGUUAUUAACAAAGCUGGAACCGUGGUGGGCUGGGGUUUUGACGAAAACGGCCGAGUGACCGAGCAGCUGACCAAGGCCAAAAUGCCGGUCGUGUCGCAAGAAACGUGCAUUUACUCGUUCCCUGAUUUCUACUCGCGUUUCACUUCGGACAAAACCUACUGUGCUGGAUUUAAAAAUGGUACUUCAGUGUGCAAUGGGGACUCGGGGGGCGGUAUGGUGUUCCCCAAAUCAAACUCGAAUUUGAAUAAUCCGACGUGGCAAUUGAGGGGCCUUGUCUCGAUAAGUGUGGCCUUGCAAAACCAACUCAAAUGUGAUGCCUCGCAUUAUGUUGUUUUCACAGAUGUGGCGAAGUAUCUCGACUGGAUUAAAGCCUCGCUUAAUUAAAUGAAUUAUGAUGUUUUUAUAUGGUGAUAAAUAAACACAAUUAAGUAAU